AUGCGUGUGAAUGUACUUAAUGGUGAAUAUGAAUUUAGAAAUUUUGAGAUUCCCAAUGUAACAUGCCCUGAUGAUAUUUCCAUGAGUACAUCCUCAAGUCAAGUUACAGUGACCUGGAAUAACCCAACAGUCACCGACAAUGUUGAUACUGGUCUAUCAGCUUCUUGUACUCCAUCUUCUGGUUCCUUAUUUGUUCUUGGUUCAAAUGAUGUCACUUGUGGUGCUACUGAUGCUGCUGGUAGGACAGGUAGCUGUAUGUUUACAGUUGAUAUCAUUGUGCCUGCACCUGAAGAACCAGUUGUGACCUGUAUUGGUGGUGUUAGUGCACCUACAUCUCCAGGCCAAGCAACAGGAACUGUAUUUUGGAGUGAGCCAGCAGUAACUGAUGAUAUUGACACUGGCUUGACAGCUACUUGUACUCCACCUUCUGGUUCAUCAUUUCCUGUUGGUACCAAUACUGUUAUGUGUACCGCAACUGACAGUGAUGGCAAUGUUGGUUCCUGCACAAUUACUGUUUUUGUCCGUGACAUUGAGAGUCCCAUUGUAAAAUGUCCUGAUGAUAUUUCCAUGAGUACAUCCUCAAGCCAAGUUACAGUGACCUGGAAUGACCCAACAGUCACCGACAAUGUUGAUACUGAUCUGUCAGCUACUUGUACUCCAUCUUCUGGUUCAUUAUUUGUUCUUGGUUCAAAUGAUGUCACUUGUGAUGCUACUGAUGCUGCUGGUAGGACAGGUAGCUGUAUGUUUACAGUUUAUAUCAUUGUACCUGUACCUGAAGAACCAGUUCUGACCUGUAUUGGUAGUGUUAAUGUACCUACAUCUCCAGGCCAAUCAAUAGGAACUGUAACUUGGAGUGAGCCAAUAGUAACUGAUGAUAUUGACAUGGGCUUGACAGCUACUUGUACUCCACCUUCUGGUUCAUCAUUUCCUGUUGGUACCAAUACUGCUAUGUGUACCGCAACUGACAGUAAUGGCAAUGUUGGUUCCUGCACAAUUACUGUUUUUGUCCGUGACAAUGAGAGUCCCAAUGUAAAAUGUCCUGAUGAUAUUUCCAUGAGUACAUCCUCGAGCCAAGUUUCAGUGACCUGGAAUGACCCAACAGUCACUGACAAUGUUGAUACUGGUCUGUCAGCUACUUGUACUCCAUCUUCUGGUUCCUUAUUUGUUCUUGGUUCAAAUGACGUCACUUGUGAUGCUACUGAUGCUGCUGGUAGGACAGGUAGCUGUACGUUUACAGUUUAUAUCAUUGGUUCUUUGGGCCAACCCACUGUGAUAUGUCCUGAUGAUAUAAACCAAUUAGCUACAGUGACCUGGAGUGACCCAAUAGUCCGUGACAAUGUUGAUAGUGGUCUGUCAGCUACUUGUAGUCCAUCUUCUGGUUCAUCAUUUAAUGUUGGUGAAACUGAUGUCACUUGUUCUGCUGUCGAUACUGAUGGAAAUAAAGCCAGCUGUUCUUUUAGUGUUAACAUAACAGGUACAUCCUGCAGGGUAACAGGAGAUGUGUGGACCAGUACAUCGCCGGGGUAUCCCCCUACUCGUUUCAAAAGAUGUAAUGGGUAUUUUAAGUGCACAUGA